GUUGACAGUUGUAGCUGAAGGAAGCUCAAAGAUUUUGUUUUAGCUAACUCAUGCUAGAAGUCUGUUGUGCUUUUCAGUUGAAUUAGGACGUAUGUCCCAAACACUUAAUGGUUUUAUUUAAACCAAGAGAUGGAUGAAGAUGAACGGCAAAGGAAACUAGAAGCUGGGAGAGCUAAGAAAUCCUCCAACAUGCCGCGAAGUCAGUCGCUUGCUAGCUUCCGACAGAAGCGGGCGAAAAGCGACGGUGCGGGGGCGGCGAAAAAGGCGCAGAAGAGGAAGGGCCAGACUGUCUCGCAGAAUGACAGCACAACGCAAGACGGCCGCGUAGUACCAGCACUUUCUUCAGCUAGUGAGGCGAAACUGAACAGCAAGACCAACCAUGAGGAACUCCAGAAGCAAGAGAAAUCAGAGGUUCAGCCAAACCGACAACAGAAAGAUCAGCCUCCCACCCUGAAGCAAAGCCUGUCGCCUGUGGAAGAUAUUAAAGAGGAGUUAGUUGCACUCACUGGCAAAGAGCAGCUCAAGCAGUUACAGGAGGCUGUGGAGAAGCGUAAUGAGAUUAUUGCCAGGCUCAGCUCCAACCUGCAGGAGGCCCUGGCCAGCAGAGACCAGGUACAACUGGAGGCACAGUCUCUUACUGGACAGAUUCAGGCACUACAGAAACAGCUCCAGCAGACCAGCGUAGAUUUUCGACGCAUCAAAAGUCAGUCAGGGGCUGAAGUCUUCAACACUCAUCGACAACAGCAUCAGUAUGGCCAUUGCUCCAAAGAUGCCGACAUCAGUCAUAAGGAGGCACCAUCAGAGAGUGCAGGUCCUGGCUCUCAGUCAAGUGUUGAAGGCUUCAGCACAGACACAGACAGUGAGACUGACGCUGUUCUGCACAAACUGAGGGCUGAGCUGGAAGAAGAAAGGGAGAACAGCCAACGCAUAUGUGCUGAACUAGCGGAGGAGAUGGAGAAACACAAACAUGUGCUUUCUGAACUGGAGAAGGAGAAGAAAGGCAGGGAAGAGGAGCGAAAAGAAAGGAAUGCACAGCUGCAAGACCUCCAGAACCAGUUAAGCUUAGUCCAAACUCAGUGCCUUGAGAUGCAACAGUACAAAGAGGAGAAGGAGAAGCUCAACCGAGAAUUGUUGGAGCUGAAGAAAAGGCUUCAGGAGGACGAAGAUGUAGAGAGAUUUAGCGAGGAAGUGGCCGACUCUUCCCUUCAUCUGCAGACCCUUGAGGAGGAAAGACGUAGACAGGAGGAGAUGCAGAGGCUCAGAGAGGAGCACAGAGAGGAGCUGGAGAGAGUCAGGCAGCUGUUGGAGGAGAGGGAGAAAGAACUGAAGUUCAGAGAGGAAGAGGUCAUAGGACUCAAAGCUUCAAAGAAUCGGCAGAACCAAGCAAAAGCUGGUUUUAGUUGUGAUGAAAGGAUUACUAUAGAUGAGGCGAAUCUGGAAAGUGAACCGCAUCAGGACAGUAUGAAUGUAUCAGUACCUGGGGAUACUCUAAUGGAGCGCUACUUGUCCUCAGCUCCUCUUGCACACUCAAAAUCUUCAGUGGUCAGUGAAAGCUUUGAACACUGCAGUCAGUUGGACAUCUCUGCAGACUACAGUUUUGAACUGAACAGUGAAGUGUUUGGAGAAGAGCCUCUGUUGUCAAUUUCAAACCGUUUCCCUGAAGAAAAUGACAACCUCUACAACAGUUCUAGCCCACACCUCCCCCCUGACACCCCCGUGGUUGAUUAUACCAACCCUCAGUCUCCAUAUCCAUGGCUUCACAACCCUACUUUCGGCGAGCUGGAGAUUAGUAAACUGUCCGAGCAGCAGUUGGAGGAGACGGACUUGGAAAAGGAGCUGCUGAAUCAGCAGUGUAGGGAGCUCCGUGAGGAGCUGGCUCUCAAGGACAGGGACUUGAUUGUGUUAAAGGAGGAAGUUAUCAAGAGUGCUGAAGAAUUGGAGGAGGCCAGGAGCAGGUGGGCUCAAGUAACAGAAGAGCUCAGGCAGGCUCUCUGGGAACUUGAAGAGGAGAAGGAGAGGAGCAGACAUGUUGAGGAGGAGAUCAGCUUGAAAACCCAUGAACAAGACAACCUGAAAAACAAACUCAGUGCCUUCGUGGAAGAAAGGGAAAAAGAGAAUGCUGUAACACUGAUGGGAAAGGAAGGUGCUGAAACCUCCCUGCUGGUCCCUGCUAUCUCUUCAUCAGAAGGUGGAGAUAAACUGGUAGGGAAGCUAAAAAAUGAGCAGGAGAAGGAGGCUGCACUCUCGUCUCAUCAAAAACAGCAGGAGCUGCUGAUAUUGUCUCUGCGGGAGAUAAAGGAGACUUCAAAGUCUUCCAAACAGAGCCCUGAGCUCAGAGAUGACAACCAGCUGCAAAUGCUACAGGCUCAUUGUGAACUUGUCAUCUCGGAGCUAGCGGAGACAAAAACAAUGCAUGAAAGCACAGUAGCCCUAUUAAGUCAAAGGACUAUAGAGCUGGAUGGAACAUUGAAGGAGCUUGAAACAACUCGUGCACAGAUUCUAAAUGUUCAAAUGGAGGUGCAGAGAUUGCAGGAAGAGCUGGAGAAGAGCCAGGCCUGUCUGGACAGUGCUGAAAGAGAGAAGAGUGAACUGGAAUCUCAGAUCUUCUGUUUGAGACAAAACCUGGUCAACCUAGAGGAGGCCCAAGCCCAGGCAGUGCAGGAGAGGGAGGUGCACAGGAGAAAAGAAAUGGAGAUGGAUGAACGGAUUACAAAAAUGGAACAAGUCUUGGAGGAGGAACUGGAACAGUUUGAGAACCUGCUAAAAGCCAAGGAUGUUGAGUUUGCUGAAGAGAGGGAGAAAUGGGAGGAAGAGAGCCAGGAGAAGGAGAAAGAGCUCCUUGAUGUGAAGCAUCACUUGGAGGAGCAGAGGAGAGAGAGGCAGGAGGAGGUGAAGGCCCUCCUGGAGAAGCAGGUUGUGGCUGUUGAGGAGGCUUCAGAAAGGCUCAAGACAUCUCACCAACAGGAUAUCAAAAACCUGAUGGAGAAACAUCAACAAGAGAUUUCUGAGUUGAACACUCACCUGGAGUCAGAACUGCUUAAGCGGCAGGCUAUUAUGGAGGAAGAACAGAAGAGACAGAUCAGUCUGAUCAAACAGGUAACCGAACGUGAGCACGAGAGGAUGGUUUCAGAGCUGACUGCCAAACACAAUGAGGAGCUUAGUCAACUGAAGAUAGAACUGUCCUUGGAGCUGAGGGAAAGCAUGGAGGCUGCCCACCAGGUUGAACUGCAGCAGGUUCAGGUCCAAAAAAACAUUGAGCUUGAAGCCUUGCGUCUAAGCCUGACCAAUGUCCACAUGUCCCAGUUGGAGCUCUCCCAGGUAAACUUGCAACAGGAUAAGGAGUCUGCUCUCACAAAGGCCCAGGCCUCCCUGAGGGAGACAUUUGCCCAGGAAUGUGCACUCCUGCACGCGCGGCAUCAGUUGGAACUGGACCAGGUCAGACAGCAGAACCAUGAGCAGCAGGAGAGACUGCAUGAGCUGCACCAACAAGACAUGAAUGAGUUGAAGCAGCAGUGGGAGACUCGCGUUGCUCAGGAGAGAGCUUCCAUGGAGGAGAAGCAGGCCAAAGAGAUACAGGCUCUGAGGUCACAGUGGGAUACGGACGCUAAGAACACAAAGUCAAACCUCCAAGCAUCUCUCUCAGAUACCCAGAACAGCCUUACUGCCACCCAGACAGAACUCACCAGCACCCAGGCCUCCUUCACUCAGACCAACAAAGCUCUAACUGAAGCCAAGGCAACUCUGUCCAAGACCCAGUCCGAGCUGCAGGACUCUGUGGCCAGGCUGAAAGAACUCCAGACCUCCAGUAAGGACCAGAACCAGAAACAAGACAUAGAGCUGAAACAAGCUUGGGCUGAUAGAGAUGCUGCUGCCCGUGCUCUGGAGGAUUUGGUUUCUAGUCAUAAAGCUGUGCUGCAGGAGAAAGAGCAGCAAGCACUCCACCUAGAGGAGAAGGAACUGCAACUGCAGCAAGAGGUUUUGCGCCUACAGGAGGAGAAGACUUUGCUAAAACAGAGCUCAGAACAAGAAGUAGGUCAGCUGUGGACCCAGCUGGAGAGCAUGAGGACUAGUCGCCAAGAGUUGGGAGAGCUGAAGGAGCAGCUGCUCGCGCGCUCAUCUCGUGUGGAUGACAUUGAGCGCCUGAAGACGGAGUUUAAUGAACAAAAACAGGAAAUCAAAGAGCAGAAUGAGGCUGAGCUGGAAAGCUUGAGGAGGUACUUUGAGCAGCGAUUGCGAGUAACAGAGGAAAACUACAGAGAGGAAAUUGCUUUGCUCCAGCUGAGGCUGGUGGAAGGUGCCUUGGAGGACUCUGUGCUUAAAACCACAGAUGACAGUUUGAUAUCUCAAGGCCAAGAAGAAGAGGAAAAAGAUCAUGUGCUUUCUGAUACUGGCCUCAAACUGGAGAAAAACAAGGAAGAAUUUGACAGUUUGUGCCUUCAGCUGGAGGAGAAACACAAAAUGGAGCUUGCCAUUCUACGAACUUCUAUGGCCCUUUCCUCGAAGGAAGAACUGCAACAGGUGCGCUCAAACAUCACUGACCACUGUUAUGAAGAGCUGCAGGAGAUGAAGACUCAUCAUGCCCUGGAGCUGGAGCAACUCAGAGCCAAACUUUCUGAACGUCACUUACAAGAACUUACCAGAGUUUGUUUGGAGGCAGAAAGGCAGGUUGAGGUGGAAGUGGAACAGGCAAUGUGGUGUCACACCGAGGAGCUGCAGACAAUGAUGACCAUCAUCCACACCUUAGAGAACAGACUGGCUGCCUUGAGUAAACAACAUGAUGCAGAAACGCAAAGGAACACAGAAAAGUUGAAGCAGGAUUUUGCUGGGGAGCUCGUUCAACUUGAGGAAGCUCUGAAACAGGAGAGGGAGCACGUGCAGGAGGAGAUGAAGAAGCUGAGAGAGGAGCUCCUAGAGAAGCAUGAAGCCGAACUCUCUGCCCUGAGGUCAGACCUUCACAGAGAGACUGAGAAGGAGAGGACAUGCCUCGAAAAAGCACUUCAUGAGGAGAAGGAGAAGUUAAAGUCUCUACAGGCUGCACUGGACAAUGAUGCAAGCCCACAGGUCCUAAUGGUGAGGCAGAGACUGCAGUCUCAGUAUGACGGUGAGCUGCAAAGGGCAAAGAAAUGCAUGGAAACAGAAAUAAAGGAGCUCACUGUUCUUCUCCAGGAGCAGGGUGAGGAGCGGCUACGCCAAGCCCAAGAGAGCUUCCAAGAGGAAAAAGCAGUGUUGGAGCAGAGUUUGGCCCAAAAAUAUGAAAUCUCUCUGGAAGAGCUAAAGAACAAACAUCAAACUGAGCUGGAACAUGAGCGAACAACACUACUAAACAAACACUCCCAAGAUAUGGACACGCUCACUGCCAAACACAAAGCACAACUAGAUUCACUCAGUGCCAGUCACAGAGAUCAGCUUGCAGCUAUGGCAGUUGAGCUUGAAUCCAAACACAACGCUGAGUUUGUUGCCUUGGAGGCAGCCCUCAAUUCCAAACGAAAGGCAGACCUUGACAGCCUGGAGGCAGUCUUUCAGGAGACCAGUCAGGCUCAGCUGGAGGCUUUAGAGGCUGAGUUAGCUCGCAAACACCAGGAAGAGAGAGAUGAACUAGAAAAGAGGAUGCUGGGUAAUAUGGACACUUUGGAGGCUACAUACCUGAAGGAAGUGCAAACACUGCGUGAUGAAAGGGUGCACCUUGAAGAGAGGCAUCAUCAAGAGCUGACUCGCCUUAAGUCAGAACAUAGGCAGCUAAUGGAGCGUCAUUCUGCAGAGCAGCUGGCCACCAGGGAGGAGCUGAGGAAAGAGCUGGCUCAGGUGCACAUAGAGAAGUUUAGUGCCAUGGCAGCAGAGCUCAGCCAUGUACACAAGACUGAGUUGGCUGCUCAAAAAGAGGCCUUAGAUACUGAACACUGCAAAGCCCUGGAGACACUUAAGAAGCAGGUUUUAGAACUAGAGCAACAACACAGCACAGCUCUUCAGGAGUUCUCACAUACCUACUCUGUUGAGAAGGAGCAACUCAUUGAACAGCACAAACUUCAGCUACAGGAGUUGAGGGGCAUCUCUGCACGAGAGUUGGAGGCAUGUCGCAGGGAGCUUGAAGAGGAGUCAUCAAGGCAACGUCAGCACUUCCUAGAAGAGGCGGAGCUUCUCAAAGUCCAAUCAGAGGAGAGACUGCAGGACAAGAUUAAUCAGCAGAAGACUGAGUUUGAGGAGCAGAAACAGGCGGAGCUUGAGUACCAGAGGAGGAGCUUCACAUCUGAACAGGAGGAGAAGGAGCGGAGCUACACAGACAAAAUGAGUCAGCUCACUGCCCAACUGCAGCAGCUAGACGCUGUGGUGGCCCAGCUGCGAGCAGAGGUUGGCUGUCUGCAAGGAGCAUUAGAAGGGAAGCGUGCAGAGAUGGAGACUUUAGACACUCUCCUCCAACGAAGGGAGCGAGAGAGCCAGGAAGGGGGCAACCUUCUAAAGAUGCUCACUGAUGACUUACAGACUGCUAAAGAGGAAAGACGUAAACUUCACCACGCCAAUGAAACGCUGAGGAAGGUGCUGAUUGAGAUGGUUCGCAGCACCAUUAUAACAGAAGAGCUGAUUGGACAGAAGAUCAGUGCCAGAACCAAAACGUCUGAGCAGGCGACCCAUCAGAGAAGCUCAACAGGGAACAAAGAUGCACAAGAAUCAGGUAUUUCAGUUGCAGACUUGUCUUCAGAUGACCUGGAGCUGACACAGGUGCUCUGUGAGAGCCUGCUGGUUUCAGAUACUCAGAUCAAUCCCGGGGGAGAAGAAGCGGCUCUGAACGCUUGCAACAGACUACGUCACACUGUUGACACACUACUGGAGCUGCUGAACCAGGCCAACACACAGCUGGAGCAGACUCAUGGUGUCCACCUUAGUCUGGAGGAAAAGUUCUCUCAGGGCAGAGAAGACUCCGCCCAACUCCUUGAGCAGCACAAGCUCCUAUUGGAGCAGCUCAAUCAGGAGGCAAAGCUGAGGAGUCAACUCCAGCUGGAACUCCACAAGGCAGAGGGGCUUCUAGACGGCUAUGUGGCUGAGAAAGCAGUCCUGGAAGAGUCUCUGCAGCAGAAGGAGGUCCAAGAGGAGAGACUAGUGGAGGAGCUGGAAGACCUGAAGGUGAAGUUGCACCAGAUGCAGGGUCUCACCGCAGAGCUGGACAGCCUCAGACUGAAGCAUCAGGAGCUGAGUGAGGAGCACACAGUUCUCCUCCGCCAGAAGGAGCAUCUCUCCGCUGGUCUCGGGGAGAGGGAGAAAGCUCUACUGGCAGAGACGGAGCGUUUGGCCCAGGAUAGGCUGGACUUGCAGCGACAGGCAGAGAAGGACCACAGCUCUCUGUUGCUGCGCCUCGGGGCCCUGGAGAGAGAACUGGAUGAGCAGGAAACAAAGGGCUUGGAGACAGAGCAGCAACACAAAACCUACACAGAAGACCUCUACCAGCGUGUCCAAGCACUUGAGAAACAGCUGAAACACGAUCGACAGUUUAUCGAGGAGCAGGCUGUGGAGCGUGAACAUGAGAGAGAUGAGUUCCAGCAGGAGAUCCGAAGGCUGGAGGCCCAACUCAGACAGCCAGCCGGCGUGGAUAACAAAGGACACCGGUUUGAGGACUUGGUUCUACAGGUAGACAGUCUACAAGCUAUCAUCAAAGACAAGACAGAGGACCAUGCCUCCUUGCUCACCGCCAAUCAUCAAGCCCAGCGCGAUCUUGCAGAACGCAACGAGGAGAUAGACAAGCUAGCUGGGCGUAUCAGAGAGCUAGAGCAAGCACUGCUCAACAGCGCUGAGAGUAAUAGAUCUACGAGUCAGCUGGAACAAGAGCUCCACAGAGCAAAGUUGAGAGAAGAGGAGCUGACACAAGAUAAGCAGGCACUAGAGCAGCAGCAGUUGUCCAACAGGCUUCAGAUCUCCGCCCUGCAGUCCAAACUGGAUGAGACAAGACACGGUUACCAUGAUAACACGCGUGACCCCACCCAGGAGCUUAGGGAUGCUCUGCACACUGCACAGCAGAGGCUACACAGCAAAGAGCAAGAGGUUGAAGUCCUGCUUGGGCAACUUGAGAAUGUGCAGAGGGACUUGAGCAUCAAAGAUGUUGAACUUAAACACCUCACCCUACAGCUUGAGCUACUGACCAAUCAGAAUGCAGCUCAUGUUAACGAGCUGCAAGAACAGAUUUCUGCCCUAAAGGAGAAUGUGUCUGCUCUCACCAUACUCCAAGAGGAGAAAGAGGAACAAAGCAGGGUGGAGGAUACAGCGGAAGAGACGCUCCCCUCAGCAUUACUCCAGGAGAAAAAUCAUGAGAUCGACCACCUUAACAAUGAGAUCCAAAGACUGGAACAGGAGUUGGAGAACACCGGGGACAAUAAGGUUUUGGAGGCUGAGCUUGAGGAUCUGCGCUCACAGGUGGAACACCUUCAGUCUGAAAUCACAAGAGUGCGUGAGGACAAACAGGAAGAAGAGGAGCGCCUUCAUGAGGUCAUCAGCACACUGCAGGCAGAACUCGCCACAUUAGGCCCCAACCUGCAUGAAGUCAGUGACUCUCAGGAUGGCGAUAGCAUCAAUCCUUCUCCCGCUCCCAGCCCUGAACCUCACCACGAUACCAUCCAGGAACAAGUGAAGAGGGGAGGGGCGAACAGCCUGAAGCAAGAGCUUAGUCUGACUCAUUCUGCCUCAUCUCGUUCCCUUCGAUCUCAUCUCAAGGCCCUUCAGAGUCAGCUGGAGACCGCGGUGGCGGAGAAAGAGGGAGUGGAGCGAUUACUGCUCACUCAAGAGGAAGAGUACAGAGGACAGGGAGAAGAGUUUGGAAAGAGGAUGAAAGCGGAGAGGGACAGAGCAGAUGAACUCCAAAGUGUCCUCACAGUCAAAGAAGCUGAGCUGGAGGAGAUUAAAGCCCAGAUAGAAGAGGAGAGGGACAAGAGGAAACUAUCUGAAGAGGAGGGGGACAGUUUCAAAAAUCGAGCCCAAGAGAUGAGCGUCCUGCAUGAGAAAAACACCCACCUCAGCGCUCUUAUUAUGGAACUCCAAAAGAAAGAACAGGAGAGCGUGACCGAGAUUGAGACUCUAAAAACAAAGGAGCAGGAGAUGAAAAUGGAAAUGGAAGCCCUCAGAGAAACCAGUCUCACUCUUGAGAGACAAGUCCAGGAGGUAAGAGCCGAGGUGGUAGAGAUGGAGGAACUGGUUGCUGAGGAAAGGACAAAGAUUAAAACCCUUGAGACUGUGAAGGGAGAACUUUCUGCUGAGCGUGAGGCACUUAGGAGGCGGGAGAGGAAACUCCAGGAGGAAAUUGAAAGGCUCAGGCAGGAAGUGACAUCAAUGAGAGCCUGCAUCCAGGACCUGACAGUUCAGCUCAACGAGAAGGAAACCAGUCAAGAAGAGGCUCAAAAGGAAGUGCUGACCCAUGCAGAGGUGACUCUGGCUAAAGCAGACGCUGCCUUGAGACAGAGGGAGGCUGAGCUUGACAGACUGAGAGCGGAGCAUCAGGCUCUGAGGGCGGAGCUGACUGCAGUGAAACAGGGUCUGAGUACAAGUACAGAAAGGGCUGAGAAUCUACAUGAGGAAGGACAGACCAAAGACCGUGCCCUAGUUCACCUGGAGACUGAUAACCAGCGUCUGAAGGCAGAGAUUCAGGGUCUACGAGAAGACCUGGCUGUGCAGGAAGAGGAACUGGCCUAUCAGCAAAGGGAACUACAGCAACUCAGACAACACUGUCACCAGCAGGACACACUUCCUCACCAACAAGCGUACCCAGAGAAGGACAUAUCUUGCAGAGCUUUUGAGGGCGUUGUGAGUGUCUCUCGUGAUGAAGCCUCUCUGAGCUCUCCAGAGGUUUUGAGGAGACUCGAAUGCUCCGAAGACAGACUGCCAGAACGGUUCCAUGCCUCUGUUCUCGGCUCACGUCUGUCUGAGUUCAGCGCUCUGAACAGCACAGGCCUGGAUCUCCCCCAGGCUAAAACCUCUCCCAGAGUUGUGAUGGAGCCCCCACACUCCAGGACCAUCACACCAGAUCCAGCCACACAGAGUACCCACUCCCCAGGCUCUGUGUCAGCGUCUGACAACUUCUCCAUGCUCGACUCACUGGACACUGACAGAGUACGUGAGUUGGAAGGACUUGACCUAACAGCACCUCCAUCUCCUCUUGGCUCCACUUCCUCUUUGUCAGCACCAGAAUGGGCCAGUGAUGGAUAUGGCAGCAAUGUGAGUUCGGAAUUGGGUGCCAGGCUGAGAGUGGAGCUGGAACAGACUGAAAGGCUGGAUGCUCAGUUUGUUGAGUAUCUCCGCUGCAGAGGAAUUAACCCCACAGUUAACACAGACAGUGCUGCUGGCAGUAUGAGCUACAGUGAUGACCUAUUGUCACCUGAGCUUCAGGGGCUGUUGAAGAAAGUGUAUCAAGAAAGCUGCCGUAUUCUCACUUUGUCCCAACGUCGUGCCACUUCCUCAACCCAUCCUCAUGUCUCAGACUUAAAAGCCUUCUCGUUGAGUCAGACGCAGCAUCCUUCUGAAGAUAGCUCCACCCUACUGGCCCAUCAGGACAAAUCCUCCUCCAACCCGCCCAUGAGCUGGCAGCAGGAGAAGAGGGCACUGCAGGAGACUGUGAUUGCUCUCCGAGAGCUGCUCUGUCGAAUGGCCCAGAGACACACACAAAGUGACUACAGAGGUGAUGAUGACUGGCACAGAGAUCAGCUCCGCACCUAUGAACAGGUUGAAUCGCAACUGAGGGCAGAGCUGGAGGAGAGCCAGAAACGACUGAAAUGUGCUCAUGAUGCUCAUCAAGCGCAAAAGAACAAAAUACAGUCGCUCAGGCUGGCUGUAGAAGAGGGUGAGGAAGCCUUGAGAAGGGAGCAGACCAGAGUCCAGGAGCUUCGACAACAACUGGAGCAGGAGAGAGCUCUGAGUCUUCGCAAGGACAGAGAGGAGGAAGAAAGGAGAGGCGCUGUGCAAGUAUCUUCUGAGCAGCAGAGGUCAGAGGUCAUGGCUCUGAAGAGUCAGGUGGAGCAGGAGAGGGUGGCCUGCAGCAACCUCAGACGGGAGCUUCAGAUUGAACAGUCCCGCAGUGUGCUGCUGGAGAAACGCCUAGACGACACCCAGAAGGAGCUAGAAGAUGAACGCCAACUUUCUGCUCACCAAAAAGAGCUCAACUUGGAGGAAAAAACUCAUCUUGAGCGCCUCCUGACUGAAGCAGAAUCUCGCUUGGCAGAAAUUCAUUCUAAGCUUGCAGAUGCUCACAGGAAGCUGGAUGAAGAGAGAGACCAUUGCUCCAGGCAGGUGGAUGAACUCAGGCGCAGUCACGAGGCGGAUGCAGCCAGAGACAGGACGUUCAUCUCCGACAUGCGUGCCCAGCUAGAGCAGGAGCGAAGGCAGGCGGAGGAGCUGGCAGCUGUGAUGGACAAACUGAGGGCUGAGUUACUGCAGAGCAGAAGGAAAUGGGAAGAAGAAGACAAACUGAGGAGGGAGGAGCUACAGAGGGAGCAGGAGGCUGCCACCAGACAUCGCGUGACUGUAGAGACCUUGAAGGAGCAGAAACGGGAAGCCAGCCGUGCUUUAGAGGUGGAGCAAGAACGGUCCAGACACCAGGGGGUGGAGCUAGCUGAGCUGAAGGAGAGACUGCGAAUGCUGAAGGACAAAGAGCGGGAGAGGGAAGAGCAGUGGGAGAGAGAGAGGAGGAAGGGGAGGCAAGAACAGAUGGAGAGGGAGAGACGGCAGGAGAGGACCAAUAACAAACUGUGCGAGUUGGAGUUGUUGAGGCAACAGGACCAGCAGCGCAUGCAGGAGCUGCAGCGCACUCUGGCAGAGCUGGAAAGAGAGGAGAGAGAGAUGGCUGCUCAGAGGCUGUCUGGACGAACCACAGGGCAGCAACAAAAGGUUGCAUCUUCGCAGCAGCUCCAAAGUAACUUGCAAGCGGAUUGCACGCAACAAAACCAGCAGAUGCCGUCGUCGCCAUCAUCACCCAAUCUGCUGGAAAGGCUGUUAAAGGAGAACUCUGAGCUGACGGAGCGUGUGACAUCACUGAGUCAGGAGAGAGCCACCCUCAAACAUAGACUCACCUGCCUGGAGCGACAGCUGCGCCGCAUGGAGAACGAGCUCGCCAAGGCCACCACAGAAACUGAAAACAGACCCACCAAUGAUGUGAUCAGCAACAGCAAGGUGCAGCGUUUAUAUGAGCGCUACCUGCGUGCUGAGAGCUUCAGGAAAGCUCUGGUGUACCAGAAACGUUACCUGCUGCUGCUGUUGGGAGGUUUCCAGGAGUGCGAGCAGGCCACGCUGUGUCUCAUUGCCCAUAUGGGGGCACGGCCGUCACCUCCACUCUCCUCCCAGCGCAGGCCUCUUGGGCGUUUUAGGGCUGCAGUACGAGUUGUCAUUGCUGUCUCAAGAAUGAGGUUCCUGACCAGGAAAUGGCACAGAGCGAUCAGAAGAUUGUCUGUAUCUGGGACUGUCAGUUGGCAUGCUCCAGGGCCUAAAGCUGAAGUUUUAAGGCAACAACAGCCGAGGUUGAAUCAUGAAUCCCCUCCAAACAGAGACAGCAAUGCGGUCCACAGAGACACAGCGUCCGCUCUUGUUCCGCCCAGCAAAUCACCUUUCAGGUUGCACAACAGGUCGUACUCCAGCACUAGUCUGGCCUCGGGGCAUUCAGGAGGAACGUCUCAGGAUCCGGAGCGAUCCCUGACAGAAUAUAUCCACCAUCUAGAGAAAGUCCAGCAACGGUUGGUGGGAGCCAAGCAAAUAAGCAAGACUCAUUUAGCCCUGCCCCCUAAAGAGGAAAGGAGGAUACAGUCAGCCUGUUCCCCUGAUAUGAUUGGUUAUCGGCAGCGCUGGCUGCAGGAGAAUAGGACGUGGCUGUACCUGAGCUGCUUGUCGCCCCUUUACCUGAAUGGUCCAGGCUCAUCCGUUCUCCAGCCCGACCCGAAGUUGUUCGACCACUAAAAGAAUGAAUGUCUGCAUUUCGUUCCAAAACUGUCCAUGCCUUAUACGCCUAUGUAGAAAGGAAUAUCACGUGUGUUGAAUUAUUUAAUGACGUGAUUUUUAUGAGCACAUAAAUUAUUUUUCAGUAUUUUCUAUUGUAAUGUUGCUUUUCUCUGUAUUUUGAAGGUCACUCUUGAGAUGCUGCAAGAGAAAGUAGUGUUGUUGUGUUUCUACUAAUAUUUUUUACCCUUUUGCGCUACUGUAUGUAAAUAGGACUGUUGUACAUGUGUCCAAAUUUGCACUGGUUUUAUACUGGAAAUCCAUGAUCAACAUAGCUAUUGAGCACAUUAUUGCAUAAAGGUGAACCAUAAGUGUCUUUUGUAUUAUCUAUGUUUCUACCAUAAAAUUGAUAAAUAUUUUAA